AUGGCCGAAACGACGACAUUACCACAUAUCUCAAGCCUAGUUCAGCCUGCAAUACGAACAGUGGUGUCUAGCGAGGACAACUGGAAGGGCAAGACGAGCCCUGCGGAGAGACGGAAGAUCCAGAACAGGCUCAAUCAGCGAACGUGGAGACAACGAAGAAAAGCUGAAAAGCAACAGCAGCGCCAGGCGACGACCCGACAGUCCGGUACGGACGAAAGGAAACCCUCGUCCCAACCCUCGUCCAGCAGCAGCCUGUCGCCGCCAUCCUCCAUCGUAGCAAGCUCGAAGUGGGCAGCAGCAUUACCAGCCGCCUCCGUGGCCAAUGAUAAUGGCACGACGACCUACGUGACGGUGGGAAUGUCUCGGCAGGGCCUAUGCAAGUCGAAAACGAGCUCGCAGAGAAGCGCCAAGUAUACGACGCUGAUGGCCUUGAAGUACAUCGGACGGCAACGACAAAUUGCAGACAUUCGAGACGAGGACUUGGACGACAUAUAUCAGCUGUUCCUACAGCACGCGCAUGAGAGUAGAAGGAGGCCGAACCCGGAUCCAAUGUCGGAUUCACUAAUACCGCUUGUGCAAUUCAAUUUGUUCCGCGGCUUGAUGGAGAACAUGAGAACGUUGGGUAUCACUAUGCCCAUGAUCUGCGACGAUGACUGCGUGUCUCCCUUUGGAAGCGACCCUAUGUACAAUGCCAACACCGCUUGGAAUGUCCCGUACUUUUUGAAGCCGACGGACACGCAGCUGACAACUAUACACCACCCCUGGCUUGACUUUUUGCCCCUACCGAGGAUGCGGGAUAACUUGAUCAAGGCUGGGGAUGACUGGGACGACGAGGCGCUGUGUCUAGACAUGGUGGGCGACGGAGAUGCGCCAUCUGGAAAAGGAGGCAUGAUUCUGUGGGGAGAACCAUGGGAUCCCAAUAGCUGGGAGGUCACAGAGGACUUUGUCGAGAAGUGGCGGUGGAUCCUUGAAGGCUGCGAGGAGAUCAUCAGGUCGUCUAAUUACUGGAGGGCAAAACGAGGCGAAAAGAGGAUGAGGGUGCCUUCCUUGGUUCGACUCAACUUCGGGAGGUGGGGGAUCAGUCGCCAGUGUUAUCAGUAUUCCUCGCUCCAGCAUCGAGGUCAGCAAAGAAUCAGAACUAUCUUCAAAGACGGCAUUGCUGCCCAUGCCGAUCCAUCAAGAGCACCACAGCGGCGGGUAUUCUCCGAGUCCUCGACUGCCAGGGUAUUGCCAACCUCCCAGGAAACAAUAGCGAGCCAUCUGCGCAAUUGCGACAUUGACAAAUGGGGCUGGGUGAUAUACCGCACCACAUAUGGUGACGAUGAAGCUUGGGAACGUUGCAAAGAGAUCAUCACCUACCGUACGCGCCGCAACAUUGCAGACUCGGAUGCACCAGGCAUUGCAAAGAACCUGGAGUUGACUUUUUUUGACGACAAAUUCUUGUUUGAUGGGGCCUCAAAGCAUCAGCUCCGAUCGCAUUUUCGCACUUGGUCCCUGGACGCAUUUCAAUCGGAGAACCCAAGAACCCAAGAUGUGAGCGGAGACCUAGGAUAUUGGAUACAAGGUUGUGGCGUCCCUCGAUAUGUGUACUUCUUCCAGGUAGACCUGGAGUCCCUCCGGAGUAUCGUGUUCGAGGCGCCUCAACCGCCUGACUACGAUCUUGACUGCGAGAGCCACAUCAACUUCAUCGACGCCUACUGGAAACCGAUAAGAGAAUGGGCCGGAGUGCUACGACAUACAGAGCAAGACGAGAUCGAUGCUUUCGAGACCGCUCAUGAGCCUAUCGAGGGGUGCGGAGAGGAGAACGUCGGAUGGAUCAAGGUGUCUACUGAGACGAUGGGUUCCGACUGGUAUGAGGUAUGGCUUGGCAGUAUCGGCGGCGAUGCCAGCACUUGGUGUACAUACAACGAUGAUGACGCUUGGGCUCGCUUCAAAGACAUCAUCAACGAUACAUCCCGACAGGGCAGCGAGUACUACGAGUAUCCGGGAAUUCUUGACAAGAUGAAGUGGACGUUCUUAGAGGACAAAAAACGAUUUGAUGGCGCUUCCACGGCUACGUUGCGCUCUCAUUUCUGUGAAUGGGUAAAGCAACCAGCACAGGCAGGGAGUUCAUCAGAGAAACCGCCCCGAGAGUCCAGCUCUCCCAGCUUAGAGACUAAUUCUGACAUAACGAUGCAUAAUGAAUAUUUCGUGCAAGUCGACAAAGUAUCAUUGCGCAGCGUCGUGUACAAGGAGCUGCCGCCGGCCGAAGCCAAUCUCUACGUCCGUGGACGCAUCAACCUGGUGAACGCCGACUGGCAUCCCGCGCGUCUCGAGGAUUACCACGGAGAGAAUAUACGUGUCAUCGAAGAACACUUCAGCUUCCCAGCCUUCGAGGGAUGCACCGAGGAGAACGUCGGCUGGAUGAGGCUGGUAGUGAGUGAAGUUGGACCAUCUACCUUUCAGAGGAUCGCUCAUCUGUGGUACAUCGUUUAUAAGAGACCUCCCGAAAUCGUGUACAGCGUGUAG